AGAGAUUGGAUUGUAAAUAGAACAAACAGAGGUGCUUACCAUCAGUUACUACAAGAGCUACGCAUGACAGACUUAACUUCAUAUCACCACUUUCUAAGAAUGGAUAUUGCAAGCUUUGAGGAAAUACUUGAAGUUGUAUCGCCACUAAUUAAGAGGCAAGAUACUGUCAUGAGGCAGGCUAUUCCUCCAGGUGAAAGGUUGGCCGUAACCCUUCGAUUCCUAGCAACAGGAGAGUCAUACUCAAGUUUGCAAUAUAUCUAUCGUAUUCCUGCUCAAACAAUCGGUAAAAUUGUACCAGAUACUUGUCGUGCUAUUGUGAAAGCAUUGAAACACUACAUACAGGUUCCAAAAACAGAAGAUGAAUGGAAAAGCAUUGCUCAUCAAUUCAAUAACAAAUGGCAAUUCCCAAACUGUAUUGGUGCUUUAGAUGGUAAACAUGUUCUCAUACAACCUCCAGCCAACAGCGGUUCAUAUUAUUUUAAUUAUAAGCAUACUUUCAGUGUUGUGCUAAUGGCUUUGGUAGAUGCUGAUUAU